CUCCAGUAGAGCUGAGUGCUGGUCGGAGCCAUCGGAGGGAGGGGAUUGUGGGCGUGGCCAGGCGGUCAAUGCAAACCCAUGAUUGCUGGGUGGACCAGAAGAAAGAGGAUGACUGCAUUGCCGUUCCCCUGUCCUGUACAUGUGGGUGUGGUUACCACUGGAGGCAUACACGCUCAACUGCACAAAUGCACUUUGGACGGAAAUCUAAGCAAGUUGGAGAAACUGCUGAAGAAGGGUGUUGAUGUGAACUGUUCAAAUCACUUGGGACAGACUCCAUUGUACUGUGCUGCUCUGUUGGGCCAGGUGAAGGUGACGGAGCUACUCCUGCAUUAUGGAGCUGACCCCAACCAUCGCUGUGAGGACUGGAGCACCCCAGUUCAUGCAGGCGUAUUCUCCUGUAACCCUUCAGUAGUGAGUAGCUUGCUGGAUGCUGGAGGAGAUUUAAGACUCCAUGAUGUGGAAGGCAGGACGCCCUUUGACUGGCUCAGGGCUGCGAAGCAGGAAGGCAGCGCCAGGAUGCAAGACUUCCUGGGGAGAUGCAUCUCUUCGAUGCAACAGCUGUGUCAGAGCCCAGGCGUGACAAAACUCCACUGUAGGCCGUCCCACAUCUCAGCCUCCAUCUUGUUACACCCUGUAUCUUUGCUGGAUCGCAUGAAAUCACGUGAAAUUGACAUGCAGUCCAAAAAGUGGACAAACAGCAAGUCUUCCUGUCCAACAGCCCACUGUUUAGGUUUUGGGAAGGUCUGUGUAAACAAGCCAUGCCAGGGGUUGGCAAUGCCAGCCUCUAUUCCACUGAUCAGAGAGAGUGAUCUAACCAUAACUGAUGAUGAACCACUGCUAUCCUUCACCUGCGGCUCUAUGAUGUCCAUGACCAAUUACAGCUGGAGGGGCUCCAGGGUGACAGUAAAAACAAAGAGGGACAGUCAGACAGCCUAUUUGGACCUGCUGCUUAUAGAACAGGACUACUGCAGUCAGCUGUUCCACCCACAACUACUGCAGCUGAUGGCCGUGAGUCUUUCUGAUGACCUUCAGAGGACCAGUCUGGUGUUUGAGCCUGUCAACGUCGGAACUCUGCACACCCUACUGCACAACAGGUGUGCAGAUUUCCCAGUGCUGCAGGACACAUUGCUGCUGUCAGUCAUAUUGCAAGUUGCUGAAGGUCUGCAGUACCUCCACAGGGGAGGCCUGGUGAUGAGGGCCCUGUCUUCCCACAGUGUGGUACUCACCAAGCUUACAGUAGCCAAACUAACCGGUUUAGGCUAUUUGGUCCCCAGCAGUGAAAGUACAUGUGUCCAGUCCCCAAUGUACAUAGUCCUGCCACCCAGCCUGUACAGAUGGGCUGCUCCAGAGGUCAUUAAACAGCGACCCUGCACAAAGGAGGCUGACAUCUACAGUCUGUGUGCUCUGAUCCAGGAACUCUACACAGACAAUGAACCAUGGGGUACAGUACAUGUGGACUUGAUCAAACAGGUGAUGGAUGCAGGCCAGGCCCUUGCAGUAGACAGCUGCAUUCCACAGCCUUACUACGAUGUGGUCCUGAAAGGCCUGCAGCAGCACCCACAGGACCGCACAUGCAGCCUGCACAGCCUGUGCUACACACUACAACAGGACAUCAAGAGGUUCUCCCUUGAGGAACGGCUGAGAGGUGAGCUGUCUGCUUACCCAAAACAAGAUGUGUGGCCUGGUGUCCAGACCACAACGCAUCAAACCAUUGUGGGGGAACCAGUACAGAGCAGUACUGAGCACAACACACAAACAUUAGUUCGUAGAACUAUCAGGCCAGUCAUCAUCAAGGCAGACACAGCAGUGGAAAGACGGGUCCACCAGGAUAAGCAGCUGUACAGAGGAGUCAAGCCAGAGAUGGGGAGAAAAAGAGAUGAAUUUACGGAGGGAGAAACUAAGCUCCAUCAAGAGUACACAGACAUGCUUCCUCUGCUUGGGAAGUUUGACCCAGGUAGGGUUGAGGAAGAACAUGAACCAGAUGCAGACAUAGACAGGGAGAUAGUGGAGCAGCUGGUCGGCCUGAAGCUGUCCAAAGUGACAAAAGAUCAUCAGAUCAGCACCAUGGUGGUCAACAUCAAAGUGUCCCAGGAGCUUUUGCAGCAGGCAAAGAAGAGCCUAGACACUGCAGAAAAACACUCCCAGCUGGACCACAGAGGGGAUCGGUUGGACUCAGUGACUGGGCUCAGAGAUGCUCCUCCCUGUAUCCACAGCUUCUCCUCUUGUGCCUCCUCCAUCUCUUCCUCAUCCACGUCCUCCACAAAUCUUUCUGGAGUUAGUAUUGCUGUUGGGCCACAUUCAAAGUGUUACAGUCUUCUACCACACAAGGGAGAUCACUGGACAAAGAACCUGGAUGCCCAGCUUCUCAGCAGAGAUUGGGAACUGAUGAGCCAGGAAGAGCUGACUUUAUGGCUAAGUCAUUAUCCUGCUGAACAGCAGCAAUAUGAGCAGGGCUGGUUGCUGCCUUUUGUUUCCUGUGGUUGCUACAUGACAGAGAGCUGUUCAGUGGGAGCUGAUGACAGCAAAGACGAGCUGAGCCAGUACAAAACAGCUCUGGAUGACAGCUUUCUCAACAUCCUCUCUGGGAAGAAGCAGCAGGCAUCCAGUUCACAAGAAAAGGCAGACGUUACAGUGGAGGUGUGCAGGUCAGCAGAUUGUGGUAAUCUGCUCCUGGAUACUCACAACACCAAAUAUGAAAGCUUUCCAACCAACUCUGAGAAAAUAGACACUGAUCCUGGUGUCAGUGGAACACAGGCACAGUAUACACCAAACGCUUACAUGGCUCGCUUAGACGUGGCUCUGCUGGCUGAACUAUCCAGCAUUACAUGCUCUCCAGCACCACCUCAGGAGAAACUCUACAGUAUCUCUGUCAACAAACGAGUCCCACCCUGUAAUAGUACCCCACGUAGCCCAGACGUACACCGGCGUGUGACGGCGGGUGUUAUUAAGGCCAGUCUCCCAGGCUCACCUGUCUGCAGCCACCUCAGCCCUGUGGAUCUCAGGGCCGAGAGUUUCACCACACCAAGAGGAUGCUCAGUACAGGGGUCCAACAUUUUUCAGCCUCCACGUUUCAAGGUAGACUCUGUCAGUAGUCCCAAGGGCUUCAUCACAGCCUGCCAGGAGGAAUGGCUGUCUGUAGAUACUGUAUCUUCCAGCUCCAGAGUCCACAGAUGCUGCAGCACUGUGGAAGGAGAGCAGAAAAUAGAACAUGAAGAGGGACCCGGAGGGUCUGACCAGGUGCAGCGUAAAAAGAGGCAAGAUGAAAUGAAUGGAACCAGUCAAAGGCAACCAAGGAUGUAUGUGGGGGAAGAGGAAGACGAGGCAGAAGAGGAACUUGAGGAAAUAGAGAAAGGAGUAGAUUUGGUAAGAGAGUGCACUAAAGAAAACAUCGAAGAGGAGUAUGAAGGAGGAAAGCAUGUUGAAGAACACAUUGAGGAAGAGGAGAAUGUCUGGUGGGACGUACAGAGAGAUGCGGGGGCAGAAGUGCAGGAAGAGGAGGAAGAAGAAGAUAUUAAUGACAGGAGGAAGAAAACAACUGGACUGUUUGGCAGUGGUGAAAGCACAGGAGAAAGUGGCUUGGUUAACAGCAGUAAGCCUGGUGCAGACACAGAUCCAACGAAGGAAGAGGUCAGCUUGUCAGUGGGGUCACAGCAAAGUCCCAGCUUACUGGAGGACACCAACAGAGCUCACUCAACACUAGAUGAUGUGCUGCAGGGCUUAGUAGUGAAUAGCACCAGAAAGAGCCCUGGACCAAGUGAAGGGGUCACCACAUUAUUUCACCUCUUUGAAAGGCAGAGAGGUGAUGAUGAAGGACACCCAGUGGUCAGCUCCAGUGGAGACCAGGCCCCCAUCUGAAAACACUCAGCUGGACUGUCGGAGCUGGACUCUUCACGAACCAACUACAAGUCAAAGGAAAAAGUUGUUUUGUUUGUGGUGGACUGUUACGAAUAUGCUGUUUUUAAGCAAGUUUGUUAUUCUGAAACGUGUUUUGAAUUUUUCAGCUGCUGAGGCUGAGUAGACUGGCUUUAUGAAUUUAUGAAUGUUAAGGUCAACGUUGUAACACUUCAAAUUGUUAAAGAAUUUAUUCAGAAUUGUUCUUAAGUCCUUUUCAUGUGCAUGGGUAAUUUUGAGUACAGCAGGUACAUCUCCCCCUUCCCAGAGUCUGCAGCCUCCAGCAGUAGAACCAUUUGAGCUCAACAUCUCCAUGAAAUGAGGACAAAAACACUUUCUGCAAAUGGGUUUAUUUUACAUUGUGUUGUUUGGAGAUGUGCAAAUAAAAAUUAUA